GUUUGCGAUUGCUCUUGCCUGAGGGUCCAUGGGAGCAAAGUCGAAAUACGUCAUCGUUCAGCUGGCAAGUGUAAUAACCGGAUCAACUAGAGUUUGGGUGCGCGAAAGAGCUGCGGAAAAAUUCGCCGGAAUUUUUUACGACCCAGCACUCGGCCGAAACUGCUUAUUUGAGGAGGCUCGUCGAAUCAAAGGGAAAAACGAUCUGCCCAAACGAGUGAAGCAAAUUUCCAAAAUGGAGCAGAUGGUCAGGGAAGGUGCCAAGCAGAUGGUUAGGGAAGGUGCGGAGCAGAUGGUCAAAGAAGGUGUGGAGAUAGAGGUUACACCGGUGGGAGUGGAUCAUACAUAUGUUGCUGUGAUAUGCGCUAUUGUAGUCGUACUAGUCACUAUUGCAUUCUUCCUCUUCAGAGCUUUGCGAGACAAAGCUGAUACGUUUUUGAUGGUAGGCCUCAGUGACGCGGGGAAGACGCACAUUUUUGGGAAGCUUGCUAACAGAAAUUUGGAACCUGUCACGUACACAUCCUUCCAAGAAAAUGUACUGGAUGUUGAUAUCAAAGGCAAGCAUUUAAAGGUGGUUGACUUCCCUGGAGCGGAGCGGUUGCGAAAGCAUUUGAUCGAGAAAUGGUUGAAAAAGGAGCGCUCUUCUCUCCGUGGUAUAACCUUCGUCGUUGAUUCCUCAUCGUUUUCUAAACGAUCGAGGGACGUAGCCGAAUUUCUAUACGAUGUAGCUUUGGAAAGUGGGAAGAAGAUUCCUAUUCUCGUUGCUUGCAACAAACAGGAUCACGGGCUUGCGAAGAGCAGUCAGGUUAUACGGUCAUCCUUAGAGAAAGAGAUGGGAAUGAUCAACAAAACGAGAGCGGCGGCGCUCACAACCACCGACGGUUCUUCUUUUCGACAUACACUCACUGAUACCGGCGGGAACUUUGCAUGGGAAGACCUUCCAAGAUCUGUUGAGUUUGUCGAAUGUUGCGCAGUUGAUGGUGCAUCAGUUGGAUUGGAAGCUGUGAGAAGCUGGAUCAUGGUCUAGAUAGUAUAUUAUACAGAAGUUAUUUAUACGCAUAUUAGUCUGAGGGUUUUUUGGUAUAGUGUGUAUAGGAGAAAUGCUGACCGUUUUACGCGGACUUCGACGCUAUCUAAGUUGUCGCGCCUGCGAUCUGCUUAGUGUUCACUUUUAGUGGGUUUUUUGCAUAUAUCUGUCGAAGUUACCCCAGUUGAUUAUUGUGUUUGUUUUGCAUUGUUCACGGAAAUGAAAGUUUCACGACU